AUGAACAAAUUAAAUUUUUUGUUUAUACUUUGGGCCAUCUGCGGAGCCGUGUCAACAAAUAAUGAAGAUCAGGGUGACGAAUUUCUAAAAUCUUUUAAUGUGGACCAUUUUUUCGAGGGUCAAGAAUCUGGCCUGGCUUCAAAUCCUAUUUCCGCCGCAAUUCUUAAAGUAGAUAAAGAGCAAUAUCCUGAAUUUUUCGAUACAAUUGUUAGUAGCUCAAUUGAUUCCUUGCAACGGCAAUCAGCUCCUAUACGGAGCGUUUUUGAUGCAAGUAACUUUGGAUUUAAACCAAUCCCAAGUCAAGCUUACCCGUACAAGUUGGCCAAGCUUCAAGUGCAACCACAACAGCAAAACACGCCUUUAGCACCUAACACACCGAAACUUAGUCCAUUAAGAUAUGAUAUAAGAACAAUACACGACCUAAAUUAUAAAGUUUACAAGCCGGAAGAGAACGAAGAGGGGAAAGGGAUUUUAGAAGCAUUAAAACAGAAUCCUGAUGUUUCAUCUUACUUUAAACCGACUGUAAAUAGUCCCGUGAAUUACCAGCGAGAAGACUUAAUCGAAAAUUUUGAUGGAAAUCAAAAUUACAAACAAAAUCCUUACAUUUCAGGACCAGCACGUAUUCGCAGAUAUACAGGAAGAAGAACUAAAGAGAAUUUAAGGAAAGCUGAAGAUGAUGAAGACGAUCCAUACAAUUAUAAGUCUGAAUAUAUUUCCCGCCCUAAAGUUUUUGAUGAAAGUCCUUACAGUAGUCCCUACAAAAAGAAGAAGGAAGCAAAGGAUGAAUACGAAUAUCCAUACAGCUACGAUUCGGGAUACGAUCAUAAGGAAUAUGACAGAAUAAAGGACUUGUCUGAUAAACAAGCCGCGGAGAUAAGACAAAACCCCGGAAAUUGUAAAGAAGUAAAGAAGGACGGUAUGUCUUGUAUGCAGUGUAAGGACCCUAAAACAGGAGGGAAUUAUGAAUCCUGUUCUUAUGUAGCUGAACCAAAAAAUAAUAAAUAUGCAUACUCAAAAGAAAAUAAAUUUGAUAGCAACGAUGAACCCGAUGAAUCUGAAGAUGAACAAAAAGCAUUGGAACCGAAAAGUGAAAAUGUAAAAGAUGAUACUGCUCCUCAGAAAUUUUCUAAAGCUGAUAAUGAAAAGCCGUACAGCAGUUAUAAGGAGUUAGCCCCGAAAGAUGAAUCUGAUGGAAAAUACAAAGCUUAUUACGUACAUACAUCACAGCCCAAAUUAAGUGAAAAAUUGAGAUCAGAGAGUGAAGAGGAAAAUUCAGAAGAAAAUAAACCAAAGGGAUAUGAUUACCAAAAAGCACUACCUGGUUUUUAUACCGACAAUGAACCAAAAAAGGACGUAGAGCACGUUUUAGCUGAAUUUAAAAAGAAGGAUAGGUCAUCAUGUAAAAAGGUUCAGAAAAAAUCGAUGACAUGCUACCAAUGUAUAGAUAAGUCAGGACUAAAAAAUGAAGAAUGCAUGUUUGUAUCAGAAUCAGCACCCAAAAAGAGUCAUGUGGCUUAUCAAGAGUUAAAAGAGUUUACAUCGAAACCGGCGACAAUAGAAAGUAAUGAACAAGCAGAAAGUCAAAUUAUUACAACCAAUGCUCCUCCUGCACAAAAGUCUGCUGCGUAUACAGCUAAUCAUGACAAUUCCAAAAAAAUUAAACGCAAGAAAGUUCAGACCAUUGCACCGGCUUCUAAAUCUCCAAAAGUUAAACGCAGUGAGGGUUCUCAUUUAAAACCAGAAGAUGAUUCCAAUAUUGCUCCUCCUGAAGAGUUUGCGGGAGCAACAUCACAAGGUGCUUUUUGGGCCGAAACCGUUCCUAGAUAUAGCGCAACUUUAGGUGUCACCUUACCAGAGUAUAUGCUUUCAAGAUCAGAACAUGAAGAUUCUUUCGACGAAACUGUUGCGGGAGCUUAA